AUGGUCUCUUUCUUUUCGUUCCCUUUCUUUCUUUUCAUUCAUUCAUUUUAUAAUUUGAUUUUUGUCAUUCGAUCCUUGAUCUAUUCUUUCUUAAUUCUCUUUCUUUUUUCUUUUUUUUUUCUUUCUGUUUCUUUCUUAAUUCUAUUUCUUUCCUUCUUAAUUCUCUUUCUUUCACAAAUCUAUUUCUUUCUUUCUUCAAUCUUUUUCUUUCUUUCUGUCUUAAUUCCCUUUCUUUCUUUCUUUCUUUCUUUCUUUCUUUCUUUCUUUCUUUCUUUCUUUCUUUCUUAUUCUGUUUCUUUCUUUUCUUUCUUUCUUUCUUUCUUUCUUUCUUUCUUUCUUUUCUUUCUUAUUCUGUUUCUUUCUUUCUUUCUUUCUUUCUUAAUUCUGUUUCUUUCUUUCUUUCUUUCUUUCUUUCUUUCUUUCUUAGUUCUGUUUCUUUCUUUCUUUCUUUCUUUCUUAAUUCUGUUUCUUUCUUUCUUUCUUUCUUUCUUUCUUUCUUUUUUUCUUUCUUUCUUUCUUAAUUAUGUUUCUUUCUUUCUUAAUUCUCUUUCUUUCACAUAUCUGUUUCUUUCUUUCUUAAAUCUUUUUCUUUCUUUCUUUCUUUCUUUCUUUCUUUCUUUCUUUCUUUUAUUUUAUUAUCUUUUUUUUUUCGUCAUUCUUUGCUUUUUCAUUCGGUGUGUUUUAUUCCCCCGGAGGUUUUCUCUUCCCCAUGGGUCACUUCAUCAACCCCGUUGUUUUUCCACUCUCUUCUUUUCAGUCUAA